UCAUGCGGCUCUCACUCGGCGCCAGUCGCCCUCGAGCCGCCGCGAGGUUGUUACCUAUCGCUCUCGCGCACAGACCUGUGCAGUAUCCACCUGUGCAGUGCUACAAACGUUAUGUGCUGUGUAUUAUGUGUAUUUGUGUAUAAUUUUUAUGUGUAUUUUGUGUAGUUUACGUAGUACGGAUGUUUUUCGGAAAAUCGACGCAAAAUGCGGUAUAAGACCCUAUAUAUCAUAUAGCGGACAGAACACUUAGAUUCAUGUUUGAGGAGCAAAUCAGCAGAUACACAAUACAGAUGUUAUAUAAACGAAAAAAUAUAAACUGAUAGUUACCAAAGCCGAAAAGAAGGUACGAGUGUACCUAGAAACCAAUGACCGAUGAAAUCGAACAGGCAAUAGCCGACAAUGGCGAUAGGUUAGCCGAACCCGAACCGAAGGAACCGAAAGAGAAGCCACGUGUCUCGUUCAAUAGAGACGUUCACGUUAAGAGAUUCGGUAAACCACGUGAGACGCGGGGCGCCUCUGAUACUCUAUCAGUUAGAAAAGAACCUUUCACUCAUCUAUCUAAAGAAGAACUAAUUGAAGAAGCUAAUAAAGUACUAGCUGCUGCACAGAGCAUCACUUGCACUGCAGACCAUCCACCAGAGAAAUUCUUUUCUCUUCCUCACAGAAGAAAAUUCAAAGAAAACGCUAGAAGAAACAGUGACACUUCACCGGAUGGUAAAACUCCUUUGGGCAGGUCUACGAGCGAUGUGAGCACCAAGAAAGCUAAAGAAAGGACGUCGCUUUCUACGAUAUUCCGAAAAGCGCAAAGAAACAAGAGCCCCNUCACUUGCACUGCAGACCAUCCACCAGAGAAAUUCUUUUCUCUUCCUCACAGAAGAAAAUUCAAAGAAAACGCUAGAAGAAACAGUGACACUUCACCGGAUGGUAAAACUCCUUUGGGCAGGUCUACGAGCGAUGUGAGCACCAAGAAAGCUAAAGAAAGGACGUCGCUUUCUACGAUAUUCCGAAAAGCGCAAAGAAACAAGAGCCCCGGUGAGCCAGUCGUUGUUUCCACAAAACCAGUUGCAGUUGUAAAGAGGAGCAAAAGUGACGUCACCGAUCUGAAAUCUAAUACCAGCCUGAACACGCAAAAUAAACCAAUUAGGAAAAGAUCUGGCAGCGAAACUGAAGAAUUCCUUAAAUCACUCAGGAACAAAAAGUCGCAACUAUCGCCCAUUAUAGAAAGUUCACCGCGAGAAGACUAUUUCCAAAAGACUUCUCCACUGGAUCUACUUCAGAAGCAAAGGGUAACAAAAAAAGAUAAAGAUAAAGCAGAGGAGAAAAAAACAGAAAAUAAGAAAGUUAACCCAGUCGAGAAACCGCCAAGAUACAAAACUCCUGAGAACCAGGAUCCAAAGCCUCCAACAAGAACCAAGAGAGGAAAAUCUUCUGAAAUAGAUAAGUCGCCCUCCAUUACCGAAACACCGAAACGAAAAUCCGAAAUAAAGAAAACAAUUUUAGUUGAUGAAAUAGACGCUUCCAAAGCUAAAGAAAAUAAUUCCGCGGAAGUAAAAGAUAAGAUAAAAGAUAGCAUCCGGAAAAUCGAAGAGAACGUUUAUGGUAGCAAAGAUAUGAUACAUAGCAGUCAGCAGCCUCCUGAUAAACCGCCGCUGACUAGAGGACAAACUGUGGAUCAUAUCGUAAAAAUUCUAAAAGAAGAUCAAUUUACUUCUCCUAAGUCCCACUUGAUCGUACCUCCGAACGGGACUAACGUAAAUCAACCAUUUUCCUAUAUUAAGCCCAGUGUGAGUCCUGACCCAAACCUCUUUGUGAGAACUACCAGUCCUGAUAGAGUGCCAUCUCCAGUUAACAAAAUGACUGACAAACGAGUUGUUUACGCACAAGUAAUUAAAGAUAUCGCUGAUCACGAUAAAUCAAAAAUUGCACACAAAAAAAAUUCUCCAACGCGAGAAAGAUAUGUACACAAUUCAGAUGAAGAUGAAGGACUCGGCUAUGAAGAGAGAAAUAAGUUUUCAAGCACUCGAAUGUAUGAUUACGAUUACAAAGCUAAUGAAAACCCACAGUUUAACACGAUUGGCAGCUAUAAGAUAACCGAUUCACCAAUUAAGCCAAGAUUCAGGGAGUACAAGCUCAGGAGCUUCGAAGACCUGGAACCGACAUACGCUAAUGACGACUCACACGACUUAAUAAAUAAGUUUCGUGGAAGGGCCGACGGUAUGGACACGAAGAAGAAACAAUAUGAACCUGAACACACCAAAGUCGAUUUGGAUUUUAACGAACUAAGUCACAGACGUCAACUAUUAGAAUCGCGGUUAAACGCUCGAAGGCUCGAACGAGAACGAAACAAUAUUGGAGAACCUAUUUCCAGGUAUUUGGAAACAGACCCGAUUUACGAAGCAGAAAAACGAAUGAAAGCAACAGAAAGGUUUGUUAAUGAAACGGUUAGGUACUGUCGUAAUACUGUAGAGAGGGACGGCUUCGCCGAGAGUAGUGUCACUGAAGACUACAGCAAAUACGAUUCUGAUAAUCGUAAAGUUAAAUACAAUACUGAAACGAGAACUUACAAAGAUAAUAAAGGAGAGAUAGACAGAAGAGAGUUCGUUGAUAGAUACGAUUCACGGUACAAAGAGAACAGGAAGGUGUUCCCUCCUGAACCAGAAUACGAACCUCCAAGUCUUGAAUCCAAUCUACAAAAGCCAGUGCUGACUCCUAACGAAUACAAAGAAAAAAAAUAUAAAGUGAAAAAGCAUGUCACUUCUAGUCAGGACGCCCUGCAAACUGGACACAAAUUCAAAAUUAAGGACGAAUGGUUUGGUAAGCGGAAAGGUCACUACGCAUCCAACCCUGAAAUCGCUCAGGAACGUGAGGAGGAGUAUGCAAAUUUACCAAGAUUCUCGGAAUCUUACCAUAAUUCUUUACGCCGAGGCAAAAAUAAGGAUAAGUAUCAAGAUGAUUUUGCGAUCAGACGCCACGAUUCAGGUGACAGCAGAGAUUAUUACAGAGACGAUCGAUCUCCGAGGCGUUACGACAUCGAUAACAGACUUGUGGACUCUGGAAUCGAGAACGAUUUCCGUAAGGAUUCCAGUGGAGAAAUUCACAGACGGUAUAGGAGACACGAGAGCGAGGACGACGUCAGGAACACGUCGCUGUUCUUAGACAGCGAGAGAAGGCACACAGAAGACAACUACCCCAGCGAACAGAUAUACGCGAAUGGCGAGUACUUGGCGAGGUUCAAAGAUUACAGAGAUGAAGAGGAGAGGCGUUACAGAAAGGAGCAGGCAGGAAGGGAUCGGAGUGCCGAUGACGGGUCUCACUUUGCCCACAAAUAUGACAGCUACGACAAAAGUCCAAGCAGAACCAAUGAAAAAAUCAGUGCGAAACCCCCGAAAGCAACAAAAAAACUUUCUGGACUCGAAAAGAUGAAACAACUAUUCUCUCGCGACUCUUCGAAGAAGAGCAAGAAAGAGAAGGAACCUGUCCAGCAGAAGACUCGCACGCGGGUGCUCAAGAGCCCUGAACAUCUUGCCAAAGACGACUCCGAGUAUAGAAGAUAUACAGAUCCUGAACCAAGCGAUAUAGUCGUUAAGAAGAUAGACUAUGAAUGUCAAGCCGACGAAAGGAGAUAUAGGGGUUCCCGGGAAGACCUACACAGAUACAGAAGUAUCGAGCCUAGGGACAGUGAUGUGGAAAGGAAAUACAGAGAAACCGAUUAUGACAAAAGAUACGAGAACACACUAAAAGAAGAGAGAAGAUAUAAGGGUCGUAAAGAAGAAAGCAGGCGUUACAAUUCCUCAGACCGAGACAGUGACCAGCACUCUAGACCUUCGGAUGGCGACAGCGAGUUCAGAAAGUCAAGAUCUAAAACCAAUCGACCGCUGGAUUCACCUGCUUUGGCGGAGAGAUACAAGGAAAGGCGCCGACUGGCAACACCGAGCCCUACCCCUUCACCACCCCGCCGGCUGACAUCCAAUACUCCGACCUCGUCCGGAACUUGGUUCAAGUCUUUGGAUCGAUUGACAAGGAAGAAAGGAAAGAGUCCUAAGGUCGACAAGGAAAGCUCUCUAUCAAUGCAAGAGGAACCCAAGAAAUCCUGGAUGAAAUCGCAGAGCAGACCUCUGAACUCACCAGCGAAAAAUCUGAGGUUCUUCGGCGACACGGACCCGGAUUCCGAUGCCAACGUCAAGCAAAACGUGACUAAAACAAAAAGUCAUCCGCAACCAAAAACUCGCGGGACACUCCGGAAGACAAUAUCGAAUUCAAGUACAGGAAUCGACGAGAUAGACCACCCCGAGCUCUCCGGCAAGAGCUACUCACUCUCCAACCUCCAUCGGGAUGAGGUGGAUAGAGAAUCACCGCGCACCAAGCAAUACUACAAAAGGAACCUUCAAAAUAUAUCCGAAAUCCAGAGCAACUCUGAGAAUGAGAGUCAGUUCAAUCGGAAAGUCGAUACGAAACCUCCAAUCCCUUAUGACAGAUCCAGAAGUCACAGUAGUUCAAAGACUCUAAAAGCUAAGAGCGAUACCCGAAGGAGAACCGACGAAAGAGGCAGCUCAUCUGAUAUAAGAAGCAGUAAGCAAGAAUUGAACAGGGACAUGAAACAUAGACGAAGGACUCCAGUAACUAACUCCGGAGAGAGUAGUACGGAAGGGGAUUCUAGUCAUCAAUCACAACGCAGCGUUGUUUAUCUACAUGCAACAACAGUGGGUGAUAUUCCAGACCCCGGUCGAAUAUCACGCAAUCGUUCAAGAGACGACGUUUCAUCUAUCAACUCUUCAAAUAUUCAAGUCCGCAGCACCACAAAAAGUUUCUCUAUCUUCGCCCCAUGGACCCCGAAGCAUUAUAGCGAUCAAUACGACGUCCAUUAUGCACAGAAACCAAGAAAAAUGAAACCGAAAGAAACUAUGAAGAAAGCAGCAUCGACUAAAACUUUAACAGAUGAGAGACCAUCAUUGCAAAAGAAUAAAUCGUAUAGUCAAAGCACUUUGACCAAACGACCUCAAAAUAAUCGUCUAACUAGUUCUAGUACAACACUAUACAAAAAACCCGAAAAAAAAGUUGAGAGUACACGAAAGUCAACGCCUAGAGACGGGAAAAGAUCGGCAGACGUGAGCAGUCGGGAUAGUGAUAGGGAACGCGUUUCGCGCUCGAUAUCGAUGCCCAAAGAUAACAAUAAAAAGGCUGGUUGGUUUAAAUUAUCGAGUAAGAAUAAAAAACCUGAAAUUAACACUCGUGUGCGAUGAGGAUAAAAAAAUUCAUAAGGUUUUUUUUUAAUUUGAAUAUCAGUUAAAACAAAACUUAUAAUGAUACAAAGUACUAUAAUGAAUGAAGCUAUAACCAUUUCGGUUUGAAAAUAAUCACGAAGUUCAGCCCUUACAAUUAAUAACGAGAAAAUUUACCUUGUUUCAAAAUAGUAAUAUAAACUGUGGUUUAAAAAAAAUCUUAUAGAUCUACCAAGAAAUAGAACAUUUUUCUUUUUAGCAAAAAGAAGAAAAAUGUAGUUCCAAGAUUCAUCGUAGAACAAAAUGCCGUGGUGCUAUAUAAUUUUAAUUAAAUACCUAAGUUUUUACUUUUGUUCGACAGUGCCAUUGACACUAUGUUUCGUUACCAUUAAAAUUAUAAAUUAGUCUUAUCAAAAUGCUUCCAUGAAACUAACCUAGUAAUAUUAAAUAAUAUUUGUGCAUACGUAACUUUGCUUGUAAGUUGAAUUUUAUUAAUUAAGUAAUGAUAUGCCUUUUAGUGACUGGCUCUAAGUUCAAAAUUAUACAUUUAUUCUUCAUAACAUAGGUAGUUAUUGUGAAGUCUUACGAUCUAAUUUAUAAAAGCGUUAUUUUCGAAAAAAUUAAAAGCACAAGAAUAGAUGCCUGUGCCUAGGUAGGAACCAGUAUAGCACUGUGCUAUUUAUUUCUGAUAUAAGUACUUUGAGUAUUAUUAAUCGCCGACCUUAAUUUUAACAACUUAGUUCCGUCCAUUAUUAAUAAUAAAAUGUAACGAUAUUCCCUUUGUGAAUGUUUUUAUUAGAGUCAUAAAUAAUUCUAACUUAACUGUGAACGAUUUUUAAAUAAAACGAUUA